AUGGUGGGAACAUCUGGUGAGAGCCACAAGACAGAACAGAAUCAGAAAUGGGAUUUCAGAAACGCAAAACGGGUGGCAGAAAUAAAUGGAAAUGGUCAGUCACAUAAUAUAAGAAAAGAAAAUAGGAUUCAAAAAUACUACUGGUGUGAACACGGAGAGUGUGUAGACAGAUAUGCCGACACACGGUCAUUUAUCGUGCACAACAAAACUAGGAACCGAAUUUCCAGUGUAAAAUGUUUUGGAAUCAGUUGCCUUGGCAAAACAAACUCCAAUGAUUUUAGUGAUGAUAAUACAAUUUUCGAAGACCCUGUGCGAUUUACAUCUCCCAACUUUCCAGACGACUAUCCUACGGAUACCGACCAAUCUUACAUCAUAAAAGCACCACGUGAUCACGUGGUUGAUAUUGAAUUUUACGUAUUUCAUCUUGAACAUCAUAGAUUGUGCUUAUAUGAUUAUUUACAGAUUUUCGACGUUAGUUCAGAAGAAUAUAGCAUUUUUUGUGGUCUUCUUUUAACACCAUUUCACAUGACGUCACAAGGAAGCGUUCUAAGGCUGGAAUUUCACAGUGACACUAACGUUCAAAAACCCGGAUUUUUGGCUAAAAUUAUUUUCCUUCCUUCGUUUGUAAUGAACAAUAGUUAAAUAUCGACACAAUCCAAAUUAAUGAUUCGAUGAGGCAGCAGUAACCAGAUCGUUGGACAUUGCAUUUUAUAGUUGAUGAGCAGAUGGUGGGAACAUCUGGUGAGAGCCACAAGACAGAACAGAAUCAGAAAUGGGAUUUCAGAAACGCAAAACGGGUGGCAGAAAUAAAUGGAAAUGGUCAGUCACAUAAUAUAAGAAAAGAAAAUAGGAUUCAAAAAUACUAACGAUCUAGAAUACAUAAAUUCAGAUCAGAAGACGGGGCCAACAGUAUAUUUUGAAUAGGUCGAGGUGAAGUAGCGUAUCUCGGAGUUGUAUGGUCAUUGAGGGAGGUGGGAGUGGCGUGAUGGGCCGGAUCUAUCAUGGUUACCUCCCCGGAAGUUUUCCACCUGUGACAUCGGACUGCCAGCAGAAGUCUUAAUAAAUUUAAGAUAUACACCGAUUGCCUCCUUCUUGGGGCAUGCUGGCAAAUUUAAGUAUUGGAAGUCCUCAUGUAUACCAUAAGAAUCCUAAUUUUUAAUUCACUUUCAAGUCAAUUUUGCUCAUUAAUCUUACGAUUCAAAUAAUAAUUAGUUGCUUCAAUAUCGUAUUUAUUCGAAUGAUUUAUUCGAG